AUGCAACUGGUAAUUGUAUUAUUAGCUUUGGUUUCUAUCGCCUUUGGUGCGGGUGUACCAACAUGGAAUACCGCGUAUGGUUACUUGACAAGGUUUGGGAUCCCAGAAGCUGAGAGAAUUCUAAAAGCUGAAGAAUCCAUAAAUGAGCUGGAACAAGUAACCAGAAUAUCUGGAGGGGUACCAGCUGCACUUGGGCAAUAUCCUUAUCAGGCUGGCAUCAUAUCUGAGAUAAAAAACACCGAAGGUCGCGGCAUGUGUGGUGGCUCCUUGGUCUCGGAAACAAAAGUCCUUACAGCUGCACAUUGCUGGUAUGAUGGUAAAAACCAGGCCUCGAAAUUGACUGUGGUCCUGGGAUCAGUGUAUCUAUUUAAGGGAGGUAUCCGGCUGGAGACAACAGAUGUUCAAACUCAUCCACAUUGGUCACCGUUAUUGAUUCGUAAUGAUAUAGCUAUGGUAACACUGCCACAAAAAGUAGCUUUAUCAGAUACUGUAGCUCCGAUCGCUCUACCGAGUGAAGUACAGGCUGGUGAGACCUUUGUUGGAGCCUUCGCUGUGGCCUCGGGUUAUGGAAUCACUUCCAAUGAUGAAAAAGUCACUACAAACCAAAGUCUUAACCACGUACGUUUGCGUGUGAUCACUAGAGCUGUAUGCUCUAUGGCUUUCCCGUUCAUCAUCCAGGAGUCACAUCUGUGCACCAGCGGGGUUGGAGGCGUUAGCACUUGCGGUGGAGAUUCUGGUGGACCUUUGGUGGCCGGUGACGGUGGCUCACGAAUCUUGAUCGGAAUAACAUCAUUCGGAUCAUCUUUGGGCUGCCAAUUUGGUCUUCCCGCAGCCUAUACAAGAGUAUCAUCGUUUUUAGAUUUCAUAAAAGGAAAACUUUAA